CAGAUUCCGAAGGAGUGCAUUCAUUACCACAACUCACUUCGACACCUCAACUUCAAAAUGGCGACAUAUAUUCGCUCCCUAGCUCGAGCAGCAGCUCGCAUUUCAAAACCUUCAUCCUUGCUUAUAUCUCGUCAAGUUCCUGCUGCCAUGGUUGCUCGUAAAUAUCAUGCUUUCCGCCCAUCGGAGAUCGCCUACAAAGGGAAGAAACACGCCAUUUUGGAUGAAGACGACGAAGAGCUCGAAGCUGAAUUACAGGAAUUGGAAAGAGAAAAACGAGAGAUGGAAGCAUUGGAGCGCGGCGAAUCGCUUGAUAAAUCAGAGAAUGCUGAAAUUUCUGGAUCAGACUCAGUACAUUUUGAAGAGCUUUAUAAUAAGAUUCUUGACCACACUACGAUCACAACGCCACACCAUGAGUUACCUCGUCAUACUUCUCUUUUCCAUUUGACACGAUCUGUUUCUUCGUUGGAGCAAGCACAGUCUUUACCACCAUUGGUAAAGCAGUGGCGUCAGCGCAAACUUCCUAUCUCGAUUUUUGUCACCAACAAAUUGAUCCAUGCAAUCUGCAAAGCCGGAUCACCAGAAACUGCUAUUGAGUUGUUAGGUGAUAGGGAAACCUAUGGACUCAAUCCCGGGCAGGCUACUAUGCGCCGUGUUAUCCGUUCGUUCAUCAAAGAUGUUGAUGUUGCAGGGCAAGGGUCGGAUGAGGGGCUUGAAAAGUUGGAUGGAGCCUUCAAGGUCAUGGCAUUGAUCCCCUACUAUAACUUGGCCGCUGAUGAUGCCUCCGUCUAUGCUAACCUAGUCAGAGGUUCAUUAAUGUAUGGUGGUGAAGAGGGUCUCAGAAGAGCCAGCGUUACUAUGGAUGAGUAUUUAUUGAUUGAUGGAGAACGUGAAACGCCAUUGACACGUAAACGAGCAGCUGAGCUUGUUGCAGCAGCUGAACGGCUGAAUGAAGCAUAUAAAGCAAAAGGCGAUGCUGUUGAAAAGAUCAAGGAGCUUGAAAAACAUAUUACUCAAUGGAAGAAGGGUCUGUAGAGAUUAGGCGUUUUAUAUAUAAUACAUUUCAUAGGUUUUCAAAGCGUGGGGUAGGCAAAGAGUAACGUAAAGUCAAAGUUGAGAACGAAUAUAUUCCAUUAGAUUUUAGCAUAGACAAACGGAGG